AUGCAGAAAAUGUGCUCCUGUGCACUGAGCUGCUGCCUGGCCCUGCAGCACCUCGCCGUGCAGGCCUCCCUGCUCUGCGUCUUCCACCUGCUCCUGCUGCCGAGGCUGCCCGAGGAGCAGCCGCCGGCGGUGGGCGAGCUGCUGGCGCGCAGCCUCUUCGCCUGCGGCAUCGCCACCAUCCUGCAGACCUGCGUGGGGAGCCGGCUGCCGCUGGUUCAAAUCCCGUCGUUCGAAUUCCUGGUCCCUGCCAUGGUGCUGAGCUCCCACCUGUCCCUCCCUGCCAGCACAGACAGGAAUGGUACCAUGGUGGCCGGCGGGUGCCCCGCUCCCCAGUGCGGUGCCGCAGGGAGCCGGGCCGCGUCGCUGCGCGAGGUCUCGGGAGCUGUUGUGGUCUCCGGGCUGGUGCAGCUGCUGCUGGGAGCGUCCGGCGYGUGCGGCUGGGCGUCCCGCCGCUGCGGGCCCAUGGUGCUGGCGCCCAGCCUCUCCAUCGUGGGGCUGUCUGCCUACAAGGAGGCCGCCCUGCUCUGCUCCGCUAACUGGGCCAUAGCGCUGCUGCUGGUGCUCCUGGCCGUCACCUGCUCCCAGCACCUGGGCUCGUGCCGCCUGCCCCGCCGUGCCUGCCGCCGUGCCCGGGGGGGCUGCGUGGAGCCGCCCGCCCCCACGCUGCGCACCUUCUCGGUGCUGCUCCCCUUUGCCGGUGUCUGCACCAUGUGUGCCRUCCUCAGCCACCUCCGCAUCCCCUGGGACUUGCAGGAGCUGCCCGGGCAGCGGCUGCCCUGGGCCAACAGCACCCUGCACUCCCCGUGGCUCCGCAUCCCCUACCCAGGCGAGGGCGGGUGGCCGCUGCUCACGCCGCGGGCGCUGGCGGUGGGCAUCGCCAUGGCCCUCGGCGGCAGCGUCAACUCGGUGGGCUGCUAUGUGCUGUGCGGGAGGCUGCGGCGAGCGCCCUGCCCGCCCCCGCACGCCUGCAACCGGGGGCUCUGCGCGGAGGCGCUGGGCAGCCUCGUGGCCGGGCUGCUGGGUGCCGCGGGCGGCACGGCCUCCAGCGUGGCCAAUGCCUGCGCCAGCGGCCUCACGCAGGCUGGCUCGCGCCGCCCGGUGCAAGUGAGCGCGCUGGCGUGCGUGGCGCUGGGCAUGUCGCCCCGGCUGGCAGGGCUCCUCACCCGCAUCCCGCUGGCCGUGCACGGAGGGGUGCUCUGCGUGACCUACGCCGUAGCCGUGGGCACCGGCAUCUCCUACUUCCAGUACGCGGACAUUGACUCGGGCAGGAACAUCUUCAUCGUCGGCUUCACCAUGUUCAUGGCCCUGCUGGUGCCGCGGUGGCUCAGCACUGCCCCGGCUCAGCUGGCCACAGGCUGGGUGCCUCUGGACCUGCUCUUCUCCUCCCUGCUUAUGGUGCCUGUCUUCUUAACGGGCUCCUUGUCCUUCUUCCUGGAGAACACGGUCUCAGCCCCUUGA